GGAUCUCCACAUGCAGCAACCUCCACGUGGUGAGAUCUGGGUCGGUAUUACUUGCGAUCUAUCAAAAUCUAAAUCAUGUAACGCAAGUACUAUCGGGCUAAUAGCUGCAUAUUUCGAUGCUUUUCUAAAUUAUUUUUUUUUCUAAGUGCAUUUAGACACAUUAUUAAUCAUACUUAAACAAAUAAAUUAAAUAACAUUAUCAAAUUUCUUACUGAAGAAUCUAAAAAUGAAAAAUCGAAUUAUUUCAAAUAAUCUUCUUCGUGAUAGUUUCUCUUCGUAAAAUGAAACUUAUCUUUCUGCCAGUAGUUUCACGGUAGCAAAAGCAAACUUUACGAAAAGGCACUACGUCACCAUGACUCGUUUUUCAGGAUAACACACGUUAUUAGAAUACUUAGAGAGGGAGUUAAAACAAAAUAUCGUCUCCUCCUAGCCACCUUUCCCACUCUUCUCUACUCUUCUCUACUUUUUUCCAGCUACUCUUGACUAGGAUCUCCGUUGUGAAGCUUUGUAAAGAAAUUGAUAUGUAGACGGCGUUUUCCUUUGCUGUGAGAGACUACCGUGAGUAGCAAGCUUUACCACCUAAUUUCAUGGGGAGAUGCCCUUCCGUAAACUUACUAGUAAAGUCGAACUUGGACGGAUAAUCUCGUAGAAGUUAACGAUCUCUGAGAGAGGGAGAGAAAGAGAGAGGGGGGGGAGGGAAGGGAGAAAGGAGAGAGAGAGAGAGGGAGAGAGGAGAGAGAGAGGAAAGAAGGGGGAACAGUCUGAUUCGAUUUAACGGGACUUGCAGCUUCAUCGGCCUCUCUCUUGCUUCGACUUUCGAGCUGAAUAUACGAAAGACCGUGAAAAAAUAUGCAAACAACGUAAAGAGCCAAGCGUCCAGUAUAAUUUGAUGCAAUUACCGUUGAUGCAAUUAUGAAAGAAGAAAAAGAAAAUGAAGUAGGAAAAAAGAAAUUGUCUAAGAAAUUUCCUUACUUCCCUACCUUUAUUUCCUUGACUUUCUCUAUCAUGAACAAGAGAAUGAUUGGCAUUAAAGACACUAAGAAAACCGUUUAUUAUAGAUAAUUAUUACGGUGUCGUUUGAAUAUCUUUAAGAAGAAUAGACGAAGACAUCGAUGAAGAAUCUCGCCAUUCUUUUAUCUCCUUCGUCGUUUAUUAUUCAACGGGUAGCUUAGCAUCGUUGAAGAAGUCGAUGGUAAUUUAUCGGAUCGUGGCCCUCUAAACCCAUGGAUAGACGGCACCGUGGUAAAAGAACGCCUUAGGGGUGAAAACGAGAGCCCAACGCUCGAUCAUCGAGAGCCAUUAUGCUCUCGUUAAGCGUGCGAUUGACUUUAGAGUUCGUCGACGAUGCCGCCGUCGAUUGCGGCCGUCGAACGGCUCGUCGAAUCAAUUUUACGCGCUCGCUUCGCGAGAAAUUGCCAAUCGUUCGUUGAAAAAGUGAAAUAUAUAGAGAGACGGAGAGAAUAUUCGCGAAUAUACAUAUAUAUAUAUAUAUAUAUAUAUAUAUAUAUAUAUAUAUAUAAAUUUCACAAGUAUUAAACUUGCAAAAGUGAAAUUGAUAAAAAGAAUCCUUUUGAACUCAAUAUUUCUCAUCGCUCAGUUCAUUUUCUCCGAUUCACCGUCAUCGAGUUACUCGAGAUUCUCCGAUUCCCUCCUAUUUCACGCUAAAACGAAGCCGCUCCGAACUUUUGUCGUGCGAACAUAGAACAUGGAAGAAGAUCGUGAAAAGGUCCACGGAAGGAACUCUUACUCGUGCUCACUCUUCUUAGAAAACGUUUGAAAAGGGCAAGGGAAAUCGUUUGAGUAUUUUUAUUUUUUAAUUCAAAAAGCGAUUAAUGCCUCUAUGAAAAAAUAUAUAUGUAUAUCGAUCAUAUUUCCACUUUCCUUUUGGUAUCAAAGGAAUUUUUUCGAAACUCAUAUCGAACUAGGGAGAAGUAGUAUUUCUUCUCGAAUAAUAUUGUCAAAGUUAGAUCUCGAUCUCGACAAAGUUAUAAUAAACGGAUAGAUUUCGAUCGAGUUUGUACGUGAACGUAGCAUGCAAACGCAUAAACUCGAGAACGUGAACCAUUUGAAGAUACCUUAUAUCAACAUUUGUUACAACUUCAUUACAACAGAUCCUCGCAUUUAACGCACUCUCAUUUUUCGUUUUUCGAUCGAUGGGUAAUGGUGUAAUAGAAUCACGUAGAGUAUUCUCAGUUUUUUCGUGUCUUAGCAAGAUGUUACGGUUCUAACUACUGUACGGAGUUGGAUCUGACUGAAUAGUCGUAGAAUUUACUACUUCCAUCUAGCUCGGAAUAUGAUACAUAUAUUUUUUUCGAAUAAAAAAAAGUUAUUGAAGCCAGAUAAAAGAGUUUCGCAUGAGAGGAGAGAAUAGAUCGGUUUUUUUCAAAUAAAAUACAAAUUGUCGAACGUAGAAAAUAAUAUACUUAUUAAGAGAAUGGCGGAUUAUCAACAGGCAAGAAGAUACAAUUCCAAUCGGUCGAUUAAUCGCGUUAUCAUCCCAUCGGCUGAAAAUUUUCUAAACUUUGAACUCUUGCGAAAGGUUUAAAGCAGCGAUCGAAUUGGUUAAAGGAACAACACAGUAACUUCUUAGAACUUUCCUCUGCUCGACGACAACGAAAAGGACAUCGAUGAAGAGGAUGUUGCUUUUGUACGACGGAAAUGCAACUCGUAAUUCAAGGAGGUGCCGACGUCUCGUCGGUGAGCUGUUCGUUGAGUCUGUGGAAAGGAGAGAGCCGAUAUCUCUACGGUAUGGCUGGAGGGUGAAGGACCGAAAAGAGGAAGAGAACUUGAAGAAGAAGAAGAAGCGUGGAGUGGAGUUAACCGUUCGAGACGAAAGUCUCGACGAGACUUGCAUCAGCCGGCGUGUACGAGACUUGCUCCGGUUCUCUGCAAAGGCGCGUAUAAGUGGUUGAAAAUCGAAGAGAGAAAGAGUGAGAAGGGACCCACCACGAGUCUCUCGUGACCGAGCUCUCCUCUUCGUUUCCUCUGUGGUUUUGUCUCGCAUACCACUCUUUCUUCUUGCUCUCUGUCUCUCUCUCUCUCUCUCUCUCUCUCUCUCUCUCUCUCUCUGUCUCUCUUUCUCUUUCUUUCUCCUCCACACAUACACACGCAUACGCACAUCAUUUAAAAUCCCAUCGAAUUUCUCCUUUGCCUUUCUUUUUUUUCUCCAAGCACCGUCUCCCUUUUCUCAUCCUUCCUCUUUCCUUCUACUCUUUCUACUCCUUUUCUCUUUAUCUCUUUCUUUUAGUCACACUCGAGAGUUUCGGCUGGCCUUGAUCCAGUCGCACCAACCUCGACUUUUCAAGGGGCCUGUUAGUGUACGACGGUAGAAAGAAAAAGAAGCAGCAUUCUCAUCGUCGUAGUCUGCGAGCUUUGAACCACAAAGUGCAUCCUUCCAUUAGAGCGCGUGAUACUUCGUGACCAGCCGGCUGCAAGAGCAGGUUUAAUACAAAUAAAUAAAACACUUUCUAACGAGUACAAAAAAUAAAAUAUAUUUUUCAAAAUGUAUUGGUUAAAAAUAUCUUUUAUCCUAUGUAUGUUUGGAUUGCUAAAAGACUUCAGGCCAUCUGAGUCAUUUGUAACUGAUUAUUUAACAGGACCAUGGAAGAAUUUUACACAUGCACAAGUCAAUCAAGAAAUUUAUCCAGUUAGCACGUACAGUUAUUUUUUAACUCUAGUUAUUAUAUUUUUGAUAACAGAUUUUGUAAGAUAUAAGCCUAUUAUUAUAUUGUGUUCACUUUCUGGAAUGAUUGCAUUUCUUGUAUUGAUACUUGCAAAAACUGUGCCAGUAGUUCAGAUCACUGAAUUCUUUUAUGGCCUGUUUCUUUCUUCCGAAGUGGCAUAUUAUACAUACAUAUAUGCAAAAGUUGAUAAGAAACACUAUCAAGAAGUGACAGGUCAUACAAAAGCGGCUUCGCUUGUUGGACGAUGUAUGGCUGGAAUUAUAGCACAAUUAACAGCUUCUUUUCAUAUAUUAGAUUUCCAUGAGUUGAAUUAUCUUACCAUUGCAGCGUUUGGUCUCGCCACGAUAUGGACAUUUUUUUUACCAUCCGUCGGUCAAUCGAUUUAUUUUCAUUCACCUAUUUACGAUCAAAAUAUUACAACCGCACCAGCGGAUACUUUGAAAUCGUCGGAAAGUGAUAGUUGCUAUGAAUUCAAUCGUGAUAAACAAUCGAGAUAUAAUCCUGCGAAGAGAAAUGUUACCUCAAUGUCUUCUAAGUUGAAACAUGCCUACGCGUUAUUAUGGCAACAUUUUUUAAACGCUUAUACGCAUCAUCACAUUGUAAAAUGGUCCAUGUGGUGGGCAUUUUCAACUUGCGGCUAUUUGCAAAUAACUAAUUACGCCCAACUUUUAUGGCAAACGGCUGUUGAAUCAUAUGACGAUAUCUAUAAUGGAGCGGUAGAUGCUUGUUAUGCAAUAAUAGGUGCUUCCACCGUUUUUGUCAUUUCAAAAAUACCAUUCAACUGGCCAGUGAUAGGAGAUGUAACAUUAACAUUAUUUGCCCUUAUAGAGGGUGGCUUAAUUAUAUUGUGUUCUUAUAAUUAUAAUAUUUGGGUAUUAUAUACUGCUUACAUAAUAUUUGGAGUGGUUUAUCACACUAUGGUCACUGUUGCAAGCUUCGAAGUUGCAAAAAAUAUAUCUGAAGAUAGCUAUGGUUUAAUAUUUGGGACAAAUAUCUUUUUAGCACUAUUGUUCCAAAGUUUGUUAACAUUAGUAGUUAUUAAUGGAAAUCUUGGAGACACUAUUAGAUCUCAGUUUUUUAUUUAUGGCUGCUAUUAUAUAAUUUUGGCUGUGAUAUUUUUAAUAAUAGCUAUAUUUACGAUUAUAAAACGUUAUAAAAAUGGUGAUAAAUUUGAAAUAUGGUUAAAAAAUAAAAACAUUCGAAAGUCAAUAGAUAACAUCGAUAAUAAUGAAUCGUUUAAUACAAAUUCGACGGUAUCUAAAAAUGAUAUCUUAACUGUUCAAUCGGAAGAUAAGUAUUGCGUAAAUUAAUAAUUAUAAAAAAAUGUAUAAUAUCCUCCUUGUAUUAUUCUUGUACGUAUUAUAUUUUCUAAGAAUGAACUAUUUAUUAGCUUUAGUUAGAAAGACUUUGUUAUAAUAACGUAUAAUAGAAUAAUAUCCCUUUUUUAUGGUUUUUACUAUUAAAAAAAAGAAAGAAAGAAAGAAAGAAAAAAAAAGAAACCCUUAACGUUGUCUUAAAACUUGUAGUAUGGAAUACGAAAAGAACAGUAUUUGUAUUUGUGAGAUAAUAAAAAAAUAAACAUCCAUAGAAAAAUUGA